AUAGAACAGUUUCCAGAGGAUUCAUGUCCCUUUGGGGUGUUUAAUGGAACUGUAGAGAGAAUGGUGUCAGCGUCCAGAAAACACCGAUGAGGAAGCCCGCGUCCACCGCUCUUUACAAAGAAAAGCAGGGAUUUUGUAUCCAGUAACAUCUUUUUUUCCCGCUGUUAGAGGGACAUCAAAAUCAGAUCCCAUCAGGGAAACUGGCUCAAAGACUUGCCAUGAAGUGCCCUGGACCUCCAGAGAGCUCGAGACUUGCCUUCUUCCUGGAAAAUGCCUUAGCCAGAGAGACUCAGAUUUGGAAAGUGCCAGCUUUCCAGAAUUUCACCCUGAAGGGCACAGAUAUCUCUCUGUCGUGUUACAAGAAAGCAAUUCUCUGGAUUGCAGAAAUAAGCUCUCAGUUCCAGUUUUACCCUGAAACAUUUGCCUUAGCUACCAGCAUCCUUAACCGGUUAUUGGCAUCAGUAAAGGCCCAAUUAAAAUAUCUUCAGUGCAUAGCAGUUUCCUGCCUCAUCCUUGCAGCAAAAACCAAUGAAGAAGAUGAGGUAAUACCAUCGGUGAAGAUGCUCGCAGUGCAGAGUGGCUGUAAAUGCUCUCCAGCUGAGAUCUUAAGAAUGGAAAGAAUUAUACUAGAUAAGCUUCAUUGGGAUCUUUACACAGCAACACCAAUGGAUUUCUUAAACAUUUUCCAUGCCAUGGUGAUGUCCAGCUGGCCCCACCUACUACAUGGGCUGCCUCAGAUGAAUCCUUCCCGCCAUGUUGCGUUCUUGACCAAACAGCUACAGCACUGUAUGGCGUGCCACCAGCUAUUGCAGUUUAAGGGCUCCACAUUGGCUUUGGUGAUCAUCACCUUGGAGCUGGAGAGGCUGACUCCUGAUUGGUUUCCUGUUAUUACUGAUCUGCUAAAAAAAGCACAGGUUAACAGCACCGAAUUCAUCCACUGCAAAGAGCUUGCGGAUCAAAAGCUAACACACUUGCAGCCAUCCAAUGCUGUUUAUAUUUUCUAUCCCAUCAGUCAAGCCAUCGGGGGCCAUCCCAAGGCAAGGCUGCCCUACCACGGCCCUUCUGGACCGAAGAAUUCCCAUCACGUGAGGCUGAGGGUCGCUGUAAGCCAGCCCGUUUUAGCACCUUACACACCUACUGCAGCCCAAAUUCCCGAUGACACCAUGGAGACUGAUGAAUACUGUGAUGGAUUCAGACACCUGUACAGGGAGGAUGGGGGAGCGAGCAGUGGGAGGGUGAGGAUGAGUGGCUCGUGCCCUCAGCCGAGGCCUGGAGAAGGCAGCUCCCCGUGUCCCCCCUUGCAGCCACCUGAGAGGGACUAGUGGGGAAUUACUGCCUCGGAAGCAGCAACGGCAGAACCAGUAGGUCCCAGCGAACAGAACAGCCAACACGACAGAGCAAAAUGCUGCUGGGUUUUUCAGAGGAGAAUGACAAAUUGGUCUGAAUCUAUUUUUUACAUCCUUCCUAAGCAGUGUGUGCUCUCCCUCAGUUUUUAACAUCACGUCACUACAGAAAGCUGGGGAGAGGAGGGACUUGGUCACAAUCUUGCAACUCAGGGAUCAAGUUGGCAGAAGGCUACAAACUGCACUAGAGAGAACCAAACGUCUCAGAGUUUACUUUUUAAAAAUAGCUGUGAUGAAGUGUGACGGAUUGAGCCUGUCACCCAGCUCACUCCAGUGUUCUCUUACUAGAGCUAAUCUGACUUGCCCCAUGGGAGAGCAAACAGGAGCUGCUUUCGAGGAAGGGGGAGCUCCCACUGCUGCCUCCAUUGGUGUAGUCCUCAGGUGGAACCAAGGUUUUGAUUUGAGUAGUGAGAAGUCCGAGAACCAAACCUUCCAGUUGUUCUUCAGGCCUUACCCUGGAAUCCAGGGGUCUGAGGUCUGUGCUCCUUCCCGGUUAAGCCAUUAAAGACCCAACCCCACUUCCUACAAGCUGUGGGAAAUCACUUCUUGUCCGCAAUCACUGUUGCCUCCAGCCCUCACCAACCAGUCCAUGCCAUUAGGGUUUUUUUUUAAAUUUAUUCUGUUUUACCAGACUGGACAAUACAAAAUGCCUUUAAUUAAUUCCCACUAUCAUCACCACAUUAGUUUUUAUUAACUGCUAAUCUCCAUAGCAAAGCAGUUUUUACAAACUACCAAGGUCAGUUUAAACCUCUAUUGCACUUUCAAAAAUCAGCCUUACAUAUUCUUUUAAAAUAAGUGUUUUCUUACUUUUUGUUUUGUUUUAAACAAUAGGGCCAGCAGUUUCAGGUGACUGUUAUCCCCAUUUGAAGGUGUAAUCCAGGCAGUGCUGGAUGAAUACCACCACCAGAGCUGCAGGUCCUGUCACAGAACAGGAAGGGGUUUCAGAUGGACUGGCACCAGCUAAAUGCUGAGCAGGUGUCUCAUGUAACAACACGGGGUAAAUAAAUAGGGGACAGGAAUGAGACAGGAGCAAGGAGGCCCUCACAGUUUCUGGCCUGCCUUCCCUUGUUCAUCAUCUUACCUUGUAGGAGAGGAAUUCCUGAACAUCAAACUGUGCAGGACCGAUGUCCUGAGCAGCUCCAUUAACAAAUAACACUUUCCUGAAGUAUUACGUUUGCCAGAACUGGCACUGAGAACAGAGCAAGCUUUGUAUGUGUGCAGGGAGAAAGCCAUGCUUUUCUUUUUAAACCGCAGAGAAAGUGGUGCCUAAGCGUUCCAGAAACAUUCAGUAUCAGAGACUUAGUACGGAUGACAGCAGAUGUGACUCGAACCUGCAGUGAAGCCGAAGGAGGUCCCAUGAGGCAAGUCAGAGCUGCCGCACACUGUGAACGCUGUGCUGCGCGGGGAGCCUCUGCCCCGGCCAGGGGAUGCGCCAGAGCAGGACCUGGCGCCCAGAUUUAGACCAGCUGAGGUUUACGAGGUGCCCGCGCAGCCGAGGGCCAGGCAGCGGCACGUGUGGGAGAUGUUAUUUAUUCGUCCUGCCUACGUACCGCAGAGAAGGUUUCGUUUCGUGGUAGGGCUCUUCCCUCCCCCCAGUGCAGCACCUUCCUUUUCUAUCACAAGCUGUGACUUGACUGCCUGACUUUUUGAAGGAGGCAAGUUGUCUUUUGUAGUUUUCAUUAAAUAAAAUACAAGUUUGGUCUGCGCGUUCUCAGCGUGCUCCCUGAGGAGUCCAGCCAAGAGCCCACAAAGGUCCCCGCAGGAAGCUGGGGCGCGUCUGGUUCUGCUUUCCCUCCCAUCCCUUUGCUGUAUCUCAAGCAUCUUUACCAGCUGCGUUAACCAGUGGGGAUGCCAGCAAAAACCCUCUACACACAGUAAUUAACGUGCUGCAACUUUAUACCACCACAACCAUAGCUCAUGCUUUUCCCCCAGCUUUGAGCCGACAUACGUAGUUUCUCACCCAUAAGCUGGAUGACACAUUAAAAGCCACAAACGAACCUGCUUUUCAAAACCUCUGCACACCUAUAUGAUCAACGUUCAAAAGUGUGCAUUAACAGGGGGUCAAGUCAGCGCUGCUGAAAGGCCCACCAGGGUCCCGUGUUCCCAGUCUGGGUGCAAGAUGCCAUACUGGGAUGGGAACAGUAAAUCUGGAGGCUGCCCGCCCUCCCAGGAUAUGCUGCUUCUCCCUGGCAGCACAGGUCCUUUCUGCACACCUAUUCCAGUUAGGAUAAAGGAACGAACACUUCUGCCUUGGCCUCAGCAGGUUAAAAGUGCCACUUACCUUUGCAUUAAGAACGGCGCUUCCUGCCCUAAAGAACAAACCGCAAGCUACAGGAUGAAGCUGCUGUUGCAGUGGGAUCGUUCUUGCUACGGAAGGAGCAUUUUCAAUAGGAAGAGCUGCACAGAUUCCCUUUUUACUGGCAGAACGGAGUCUGUGGCUGUCAGCAUCUCCCCCCUUACUGGCUGUACGAGUGACAAGACAAACGCCCCGCACACCCAGGUGACAGCAGUAAUGGGAGCAAUCCUUUUCCCCAGCUGAGUUUCCCAGAUGAUGACUGUGUGGCUUCUCUGCCUGCUUGGAUUGCGCGUGGCACACGGCUGCAGACACAAGUUUAUUCUAACCUGCAGCUAAGCUCAUCGCUGUGGGUCCCAUAGCCACUUUGCUACACACCCGUUACUGGUGAGGAAGUGCCAGAUUCAGCUGGCAGAGCGAGUGCUGGCAGAGAUCUGACGCAUUCAGGGCUAGUUCUGUGAGGAUUGUUGUUUUGGGGAACAUACUUGGUCCCUGUAAAACUCCAGAGAAUGUUCACAGAGUAUGUUCAAAGAGCUCUUACGGUGCCUCAUCUUGUCCUGGUCAGGAGGGGCUGCUGCCUCCCUCCCUCCAAGCAGGAGCACGGCACAGCUCCCCAUCCCGGGCUCUGGCCCUCCGCAGGGAAGCGAGGGCUGGUUUCUGUCAGCAAUGGCAGGAUCCCUUCCCGGAAGGCGCCUCGGCCAGGUGAAGCACCCAGACCCCCUGUGCUGUUGCCUUACUUCAGGCCAAAUUUCUAGAUCAUAGAAUUGUUCAGGUUGGAAAAGCCCUUUAAGCUCACCAAGCCCAACCA